AUGACGGGCGAGCAGUUUCAAGCUGCAAUUCGGCAACGGCCUUUGCGGAUAAGAGUGCUUCCUCCUCACGCUGCGGUGUGGCAGCAGGUUGCCCAUUUCCAAAAGCAGGUCGUGCGGCUAAGUUUCCAGAAGGUGCUGCUGCAGAAGGCACUACGUGAUGAACACGAACAUGCUAAAAAGGAACUUGGAAUUGAUAGCGACGUCGAGGCAAAGCAGAAGGCACGUGCGAGCUUUGCUCGCGCAGACAUGGCUGGUCAGAGGAAGCAGUUGGAGCGACGCAAGCAGGAAGCUGCAAAGCAAGAAGACGAGCUGGAGACAAGGCGUGCCCAGGUCGCGGCCUUCGACAAGGAGACGCAGUUGCGAAGAAAGGCUCUAGAGGCUGACACAAAGCAUCUAGCCACACAACAAGCAGAUCUGCAGAGAGCCCGACACGACUUCGAUGCAAUGCGAAAGGCUCAGCUCGAUGCGCUUGAGAAGGAGCGGCAGCUGCUUGCAGCCGAGAAAUUGCAACUGGAGGUCAGGAGAGACGAGGUUCUGGUGACGCAGACGGAGCGCGAGGAUCUGGAGUUGGAGCGGCAGCGCCUCAUCGAGGAGCAUGAGGAUACUGCAGCCCAGAAGGCCGAGCUCGAGUCCGCCAUUCAGGCGGCACAGGCGCACCUGGAGGAGGAGCGCAUAGCCCUGCUGCGGCAAAGGGAGGAGCUGGAGGAAGAUGCUUCGGGUCUUGCGCAGGCCAAGUCAGAGUUGCAGGCCCAGCGGAGUCGCGGCGCAGCUCUUCAAGCAGACAUCGAAAAAGAGGCCUUGGCGUUCAAGGAGGCUUGCGACGCGACAAGGGCAGAGCUGGCUGCUGAGCGUGAGCAGGCCCAGGAGCAGCAGCAGGCCAUGCAGGCGCAUUUGCAGAAGGAGAAGGAGGAUUUCAAAGCCAAGUGCAAGCAGGUUUUGCAACAGCUCGACAGCCGAAAGCGUCAGCUCCUUCAGCUGCAAAAGCAGCUGGCUACCGAGAAGUCCGCCAUACAACAGGCUCGGAAGGACCUGGAUCAAUUGCACAAGGAUGGCAAAGAGGAGGCAACUCAAGUCGAACUGGAGCCAGCAGAAACUAUUGACGCCUCCGUCCAGGCCUGCCCCAACAGCAAUGCCGUGGCCGUGCAAGCUUCAAGCAAAGACUGCGAGCGGGAAGACUUUGGAACUACGAACCGCAACACUAACGUGCCGACAGCACGAACUGCACAAGGGAGACCUGCCGUAUCGAUCAAGGCUAAACAGCCUGAUGCAGACAACGACAGCAGCUUCCUAAUUAAGGAGGUGCUGAUGGACGCUGAUCGGCUCCGUGCUGUGGAUCUCACUGCGCAUGUCCAUGCCCUGCUCCAGGCUGGCAAGGUGGACACACAUUGCAUGCAGGUCCUAAGCCACUUGCUGCAGGACAUGGUUCAUCCUCGGGAGGGAAGCGAGCUGCCAUCUGAGUCUGCAUCCACGACCAAACUGAACAAGCACAAGAAGUGCCCUGAGGCAUCUCGGCAUCUGCGACCUCAAUCGGAGUCACCCCGGCCCCGCCCCGUCUCAAAUGACCGUGCCGAGCGGCCUUGGAUGCCCGUAUCCUCCCAGCGCCAGCCGAGUCCUACGGAGAUUUCGCGGCCUGAAGGCUUGGCAAAGAAGGCAUUGGCUCAAACCGCUGAUGUCCGGAAGCUGCUGGCAGACGAGCUGAGAAAGCCCAGGCAGACGUCUAGGGCCCGGACCCAGGUCCCCGUACGCACAUGUGCUGCCAGCCGGUCGCAGAAGUCACUGGAACGCUUGCUCAACCAGAUGGGCUUGGAGCCAGGAUCGCCGCUUGUGCAGAUCGACAAAGCCCACUACGAAGUAGUGAGUGAGGAGAUCCUAAGACCUGCCAUCGCAGCAGCCAGGGAGGGGACGAGCAAGCACCUUGACUUCGACGAAGGCGGCCUGCAAGGAGGGUACGGCAUCCUUGCAGCCCAGCUCCUGCUCACCAUCGUGGUGGCAUAUCCAGUUGCUAACAUGACUGAGAAACAGCUGACUCGAUAUUCCUGGCUUCCCGCUGCGUGUAUGUUGUUCAUUCUGGCCUACACGCUCGUGAUUCGCUGCUGCAGAGAACAAUUACGAACUUAUCCGCAGAAUUACAUUGGCUUGGCCAUUCUAAGCGCUGCCUUCGGGGUCACGACCGGUGUCGUCUGCCGAGAGUACCAAGCAUACAGCAUCUUCUUUGCGCUGGUCAUCACUGCAGCACUUGUCCUCUCGCUGACUGCUUAUGCCUUCUACACGAAGACUGACAUGACUGGUUACGCGCCAUAUCUCUUCAUUGCCCUCUUUGCCUUGGUAGUCAUUGGCUUCGGCAUGAUGAUCCUUAACAUGUGUGGGUUCGUCAUACCCAUCAUAGAGGCAGUCUACAACACCGUUGGCAUUAUUCUCUUCUCUUUCUUCGUAAUCUUUGACACGCAAUUGAUGCUGGGGCAGUGGGGAGGUCACGAACUGGAGUUCAGCCUUGACGAAUACGCUUUUGCUGCCCUGAACCUCUACCUUGACAUCCUCAACCUCUUUCUCAACAUCUUGCAACUCCUCGGAGACAGAAAUUGA